ACAGGCCUGUGGGUCCCUGCCCCGCCCCGCCGCGUAUUCAGGAGGUCCGUGGCUCAGAGAGCAGUCCCUGCUGCCUGUGCGUGCGUGGACCUCGCUUCCUCGCUCCCGAACCCGCUGCUCGCCAUGACCACCGCUCCCACGCCCCGCAGCCUGGUCAUUUUCCUCCAGGUGCUGGGACUCGCCCUGGCUCAGAUCAGAGGUCCGCCGGGAGAGCCGGGUCCUCCAGGGCCACCAGGGCCACCAGGAGUGCCUGGUUCUGAUGGCAUCGACGGUGACAAGGGGCCUCCAGGAAAAGUUGGUCCUCCGGGAUCCAAAGGAGAGCCUGGCAAACCCGGGCCGGAUGGGCCAGAUGGGAAGCCUGGCGUGGAUGGUUUAAUGGGUGCCAAGGGAGAGCCUGGACCCAUGGGGACCCCUGGAGUCAAGGGUCAGCCUGGCCUCCCAGGGCCCCCUGGCCUGCCGGGCCCCGGUUUUGCUGGCCCUCCCGGACCACCUGGACCCGUUGGCCUCCCUGGUGAGAUUGGAACCCCAGGCCCCAAGGGGGACCCAGGACCAGAGGGACCAUCAGGGCCCCCAGGACCCCCUGGGAAACCAGGCCGACCAGGAACCAUCCAGGGCCUGGAAGGGAGUGCAGAUUUCCUGUGUCCAACCAACUGUCCAGCUGGUGUGAAAGGCCCCCAGGGCCUGCAAGGAGUGAAGGGGCAUCCAGGCAAACGGGGGAUUCUGGGUGAUCCUGGUCGCCAGGGGAAGCCGGGCCCCAAGGGAGAUGUGGGUGCCUCUGGAGAACAAGGCAUUCCCGGACCACCGUCAUCUACCUUGCAGGGCAGCCAAGGUGUCCGAGGACCCCAGGGGAUAACAGGCCCAAAGGGAACCACGGGUCCCCCAGGCAUUGAUGGCAAGGAUGGGACCCCGGGCAUACCUGGCAUGAAGGGCAGUGCAGGACAGGUGGGGCGGCCAGGAAGCCCAGGCCACCAGGGCCUAGCGGGUGUGCCGGGUCAGCCUGGGACAAAAGGAGGCCCUGGAGACAAGGGUGAACCAGGCCAGCAGGGCUUCCCUGGAAUCUCUGGUCCUCCAGGGAAAGAAGGGGAGCCAGGGCCUCGAGGAGAAAUUGGUCCGCAGGGCAUCAUGGGACAGAAGGGUGACCAGGGUGAGAGGGGACCAGUAGGGCAGCCAGGCCCUCAAGGACGACCGGGCCCCAAGGGAGAGCAGGGUCCCCCGGGAAUUCCAGGACCCCAAGGCUUGCCAGGCAUCAAAGGAGAUAAGGGUUCCCCAGGGAAGACCGGUCCCCGAGGCGGAGUGGGUGACCCAGGGGUGGCCGGCCUCCCGGGUGAGAAAGGGGAGAAGGGCCAGUCUGGAGAGCCGGGACCCAAGGGACAGCAAGGAGUCCGUGGAGAGCCAGGAUACCCUGGCCCCAGUGGGGAUGCGGGCGCUCCAGGAGUGCAGGGCUACCCGGGGCUUCCUGGACCCCGAGGACUGAUGGGAGAUCGAGGCGUGCCGGGACAACCUGGGAGACAAGGUGUAGUGGGCCGAGCUGCCAAUGAGCAGCACAUCGUGGACGUGGUGCUGAAGAUGAUUCAAGAGCAACUGGCAGAGGUAGCUGUGAGUGCCAAGCGGGAAGCCCUGGGGGCAACCGGAAUGGUGGGUCCCCCAGGACCUCCCGGGCCCCCUGGAUAUCCAGGCAAACAGGGACCCCAUGGGCAUCCUGGCCCCCGAGGCAUUCCUGGCAUCGUGGGAGCAGUGGGUCAGAUUGGCAACACUGGACCCAAGGGAAAGCGUGGAGAGAAAGGUGACCAAGGAGAAAUGGGACGUGGGCACCCCGGGAUGCCCGGACCCCCAGGGAUCCCAGGUCUUCCCGGCCGGCCCGGCCAGGCAAUCAAUGGCAAGGAUGGAGACCGCGGAUCCCCAGGGGCUCCAGGGGUGGCUGGCCGACCUGGCUUGCCAGGCCCGGUGGGGCUGCCCGGGUUCUGUGAGCCUGCCGCCUGCCUGGGGGCUUCAGCCUAUGCCUCUGCUCGCCUCACGGAGCCUGGGUCCAUCAAGGGGCCAUGAGCAACCAGCCAGGACAGAGCCUAUUCGCAUCUGGGGUCCCCUCUGGGUGGAUAUGCACCCCAGCUCCAGCCCAGGAGGCUAGAUUUCUCAGGACCUUUUUUGGAACCCAGGGGUCCUGAAGACAAGUUCAGUGAGGGAGGGGUCGGUGAGGGAGCGCACUGGAGUAAGGGUGAGGCCAACAGAGCAAGUCCUGGAGAGCCACCACUCCUGAGGGAACAGGGUGGCCUUUCUUCCCAGGGUACCAACUAGCCCUCAUCCAGGCCAUUCUGCACUGGCCUUCCCACCCUCGGGGCAGGUAGACCGAGGCCUCUGAUGAUCUUCCUCCCCUUCUUACUGCCUGGACUUAUUUUCAUUGGGUGUCUGCUGAGGGUGAGGACCCUGAGUUGGCAAUCCUUAGGCCAGCCCCGUUAUUUCCUUUCCGCCUCCCGUCUGAGUAUUUAAACACCCAUCUCCUUUGUUUCUGACAUCACUGCUCUCCAGUCCCUUCGCCCACACCCACUCAGGCCUUUGUGUAAAUAAAAGUUCCCAACUUGGUUACAAA